UUUUGAAGUAAAACGCGUCGAUAGAGAUUUUAUUUCUGUGUUUGUUAAGAUCAAAGAAACUGAUUAAGGAUUUUCUUUAAAGUUAAGAAAUGUAAAAAAGCAGUUUCCAUAAUUAUUUAUUUAAAAAUUUUAAAUGAAUGAAACUGACGAGACAUUGAAAACACACACCAUCUCUACCUUUCUCCCUCCUCUCUCUCUGUUUCUCCGGUCGCUUUUUUUUUUUUCUCUCGAACCUGCUCAAUCCCUAAAUCCCCAACCAACUCCGAUUCGUCAUCGUACGACUCUUUCUCUCUCUCUCUCUCUCUGUGUAUAUCACAAGUAGAUAUAGUAUAGCAUGAAUAGGUUACCUGAAGCUGAAGCUGAGGAGGACUUCAAAGGACUUCUCUCUGGUGAUUUCUUUGAUGAUCUCAUCAAUCACCUUGACUGCCCUCUUGAAGACAUCGAUUCCACCAAUGUUGAGGGUGAUUGGGUUGCCAGGUUUCAAGACCUUGAGCCUCCCCCCAUGGAUAUGUUUCCUAGUUUGCCUUCUGAGCUCAUCUCUUGUGCCACUGGAGGUCGUCUGGGGAUUCAAAGGAACAUGAUUCCUGCUUUCAAACAGUCCUGUUCUUCUGAAGCCUUGUCCAGCAUUGAUACCACUCUCCACCAAUCUUCAGCUCCUCCUGAUAUCAAAGUUUCUAAGCUAUUUCAGUCUUUAAGUCCAGUGUCAGUUCUCGAGAACAGUUAUGGUUCUCUCUCCACCCAGAACUCCGGAUCUCAGAGAUUGGCUUUCCCUGUGAAAGGCAUGAGAAGCAAGCGCAAACGCCCCACAACACUGAGACUUAGCUACCUUUUCCCCUCUGAACCCAGAAAGCCCGAGAAGUCAACUCCUGCCGAAUCAGAAUCCGAGAGUUACUAUUCUUCUGAGCAACAUGCCAAGAAGAAACGCAAGAUCCAUCUGACCACCCGCACGGUGUCUUCCAGUUCUGAGGCAAGCAACUCGGAUGGGAUAGUCCGGAAAUGCACUCAUUGUGAGACAACCAAGACCCCGCAGUGGAGGGAAGGACCCAAAGGACGAAAGACCCUCUGCAACGCUUGCGGGGUGCGGUUCAGAUCUGGUCGUCUAGUUCCAGAAUACCGACCAGCCUCAAGUCCGACCUUCAUCCCAUCAGUGCAUUCAAACUCACACAGGAAGAUCGUUGAAAUGAGAAGGAAGGACGACGAACAGUUUGAUACCAGCAUGAUUCGGGCAGUGAUAUCCAGAGGGUAAAGCAGUUUUAAGUUUGGUCUCUGAUCCGCAGAAAUGGGAACUCAAGUGGAGGAAGAAGAUGGUAUAAAAGUAGGGGUUAAAAUCUGAUGAAGAGAGCUUAGGGGUUUAGUUGAAGUUAGGGAUAUUAAAUAUUGUUGUUUCAUUAUGUGUUUUUAUCUUAUCUCUCUCUCUCAAUUUGCGAGCAUUAUGUUUGCAGAAGAAGAUGUUUGGCUGACAUCUGUGUAUGAGAGGAAACAGGUGAAAGCCAAUGUUUGCUCUAUUUUUUUUAUUUUUUUUUCGAUCUUUCAAGUAACCCUAUUCUUUUUAUUCUUCAAUGCCAUAAUCUUCUCUUUUUUUU